AUGUCAUCGCCAAAAAAGAAAAGUUCCGAAAAAAAAUUGAAGGACGAAGAUGUAAAGACUAAAAAGAAGCACAUAAUUAAAAAAGAUCAAAAAGUAGAAGAAAGAAAAUUUGGCGAAUCAUUAUCAACGUGUUCGGACGUGGAAUGGGAUAAAGCUGAUCCAGCUUAUGCAUCUGAACUUAUCAAUGUGAAGAAGAAAGCUAAUAAAGUGACAGUUUUUGCUGGACCUGGUGCGAAAACAAUUGAACGAACAAUCAUUCGAACCGAUACACUUUCUGAAAGUCUUGACGAAAAUGCUGAUGCAAUUGGGCGUAUGGCAUCCGCUAUUGCGCACAUUUUUCUUUCCGACAAAAAAAUUCCAUCCGUGAAUGUUUCCAUUAAUCUUGAGGAAAGUUCAAAUGAGUCUCAAGCAGCGAAAGCAUCGUGA